AUGUUACCUGAGAAUAAUUUUGUUCAGAACAAAGAGACUUCCACUGGGGUAGGAAUGUCAAUCUCAGAUAUAACUGACCUUGAAGACUUGGUGGGAGAGUUCAGAUUUUAUCAAAAAAAGGAAGGAGGGGAGAUAAGCAAACAUCAUGGACAUGCAGAGCUCCCUGGAAAUGAAACUAUAAUUCAGCAAAAGACCACACCAAGAGCUCAAGAACCAACAACAGUUGACCCAUAUGCAACAUUAGGCAAGUUCCAAUUGUCCACCGAUUGCAGCUUACAUACAGAAGUCAUGACUAGAAAAACCCCAGUUCGAGUGACAAUCACCCUACCCAAAAUAGAAUGA